AUGUUCCUCGACACCACUCCCACCGCGUGGGUAAUCACAGCGGCUAUUCUCUCGGUCUCUAUCAGUAGCCUGAUCAGACCAGUUGGACAGAGACAAUUAUCGGAGAACUUGAAACAAAAUUUACGGAGAUUUUCCCCCUUCGUUUCCGGCAUUGCCACAGUCCAGGCGACACUGGCGUUUAUCAAGUGGCGACUAUCGGGAAUCACGGACACACAUGCGGCGGUAUAUGUUCUUGGACGCCUAUACUUCGAUGCACAAACCCCGGGCAAGAAGCGAGUUCCUGAUCCAACCUCGUGGUCGAGUAUUGGGAGACGGGGGCUGUUGAUGGUAGUGACUGUGCCAUGUUAUACCAAGCUCCUGUUGACAGACUGCAGCUGGGGAAUAAAGAUCACCGUGACAUGUUUCAUUGUGGAGGCUAUAUACGUGGAAAUCUUUCUCUCCGCCGUUGCUAAGUCGCCUGAGCGCUUUUUGCUCCACCGGACUUGGCCUACGAGGACAUUCAUGGGCAAAAGGGAUGCCGAGAGAGAUAGGUUGCCCAUGCACCGCUCACCAGUCGGAGCCACAGCUACGAGUAAGGAGGAAUCAGGCCAUAAUCCUGGUUAUGCACCUGACACCGCGACUUCGAACCCCCAAAAUCUCUGCGAGCGCAUACAACACUUCUGGACGACAUCGCCCGGGGUAGACAGGGACAGCUCCACCGCAGGUUGGAGCACACACUAUGAAUCGGGGAUUGUGGCUGUCCUUUGUCACACCCCACAAAGCUGGACAUGUUCACAUUACCGUUGUCUCACAUUUCGUCUCAUAUACAUGACCUCGAAAUUUGCCGGAAAGUACUGGAGUACAGCUGAGAUGUUGGCAAUUGCGUGGCUGACACAUUUGGACAUGCGUCCAUUUAUGCUCCCUUUUGCGCAAUUCACGCUCUCCAAGCGGGUCGGCGGCAUUGUUUCCCAGGUUAUACUUUUCACAUUCCUAAAUUGUGUCGGGAUGACCUUAUUUGCUUUGAUGUGCUUCCGCGUGCUAAAGGCUAUCCCGGGGUGCAGGUCGCUAGGGCAGUGGUACUUUACGUCUCCCCAAGCAUUUCGAAUUGCCGUGUUUGCGACAUAUCUGGCAUCUUGGCUCGCAGUGUAUAUCAUAUUUCUGCGACACUUCCUCAUGAAUGAGACGGUCUUGUCGUACCUCUUGGAGGCCACCAUGUUUCCGAUAGUUGCAGUCUGUGCAGAAGGGGUGGCGGUCCUUGUCUUCAGUCUCGAACGAUGGAGACAACGGGUACAUGAUUCAGGGCUGGGCGAGGCCGCCUCAGCUGUUGCCGAGAAUAUAAACCAGCCACAGUCAUACAAGGCGGAGAACAAUGCCUCGGACGAAAGGUCGGGGAUAAACGAGCCAAGAUGCCAUGAUCAAGGCAAGGUCCCUCCGCCAGAGGGUGUCUCCGCUAAACAUCCAGAGCCUCAUGAAUAG